AUGGAGGAGGUGAAAAUUGAAGUUGAUGAUGGUGAUGCUAUGUACAAGGAGUUGAGAAAUGAAUAUCGGAAAGUGUCAUUCAGCAAAACACUAAAAGAUAUUGUUUCAGGGGAGGAGGAUGAUAGAUUUGUGCUAUACACACUGGGACCUGAAGAAGUUACGCGAGUGCCUAAUGAAGAGGAUAGAGGAAGGGCAAAAGAUGCUGAUGAGAAUGAUGAUGAGAAGGAUAAGCGCAACAGUGAUGACACAAUUGAAGAAAAGGAGAAGGAUGAAGGAGGUAGUGAAAAUGAAGAUAAUCAUGGGAAAGAUGACAGGGAGGGUGACAAGGAGAAUCAUAGCAAGAAUGAAGGGAAGGACGAAGAGGGUCAAGGGGAUGGUGAUGACAUGAGUGAAGGGGACAGGAAACACAAGGGUGAUGGAGAGGGUGAUGUAUAA